AUUGAUCAAGGGCUCAAGUGGUCAUGCUUAUCAACCAUUUUUUCAAGUCCAACGAAUGUUUCAGCUAUGAGACACUUCGGGCCGCUGGGUACAGUAACUACGGUGGAGCAGAUCUUGGGGAGGUGAUAGCGAUCAUCUCCAAAAUUCGAGCUGGCAACGAAGACGACUGGUUGAUUGAAUGGAAAAAGGCCGCAGACCGAGCAUUUUCCGGUGCAGAGCAUUCAGCAUCGGUGAACAACACUGUCAGUGCCUACGAGGGCUAUCUUCGUUCGUCAAAUUACUACCGAACCGCCGAGUUCUUCCGUCGCGAUAACUAUGACAACGAUAAAACAGCACAGUUGGUGUACGAAAGAUCGGAGACCGCGUUUGUAGAGGCGAUGACGGUGUCUACAUAUGCCUACGAAUCGAUCAGGAUUCCCUAUCAAGGCACAACCCUCCCUGGUUACUUUGUCAGCCCGGACAGUACAGGUAAUGCGCGACGUACUAUUAUCUUUAACGGCGGGUAUGAUUCUACCGCGAGCGAAGCGUGGUUUGCCCUUGGAGCUGCAGCCCUAGCAAGAGGAUACAACUUUCUCGCCUUUGAUGGCCCCGGCCAGGGUGCAGCUGUCCGACGACAGCGCCUAUACUUCCGCCCCGACUGGGAGAACGUGUUAACCCCCGUGGUUGACUUUGCUUUGCAUCGCAAGGAUGUCGACUCCAAUGCUAUAGCGAUCUUUGGCUGGAGUAUGGGUGGAUUUCUGGUGGCACGAGGAGCCUCACAGGAGCAUCGAGCCCAGGCGAUUAUUUUGGAUGACGGCGUGUACGACUUCGGAUAUGCGUUUCGAGCGAACCAGCCAUUUUUCGUGCAAACUCUUGUCCAACGCGAAUAUGAUUCUAUUUGCAAUUUCAUUUUCCGUGGUGUUCAAUCUCUGGAUACGGGUGUUCGGUGGGCCCUACGCAACGGCAAAUGGACUUUUGGGGUGACAUCAGAGACAGAGCUGAUGCGUGCAGUCAACCUCUACACUCUGGAAGGGUUGGCUCACAAGAUAUCAACCCCUUGCCUGGUCCUCGAUGCAGAAAAUGAUCAUUUUCUCAAAGGUCAGCCGGAGUUACUUUGCAGUCACCUGGGAUGUGAGCAUGAACUUGUUCGUCUAGGAGCUGAUGAAGGUCUCGACACGCAUUGCCAUCAAGGCACCUUUUUCAGGUUACAUCAAGUUAUCUUUGACUUUCUAGAACGACGCCUAACUACAGUUAAGGCUAAGUAA